AUGAGCACCAAACGGCGCGUGGCGGUGGCAGCGGCUUCUCCCGAACUGAAGCUGCGUAGUCAGAAGCGUCGCAAACUGUCUAAUCUGUCGCAUGGCAUUUGUGAUGGCCACCGUGCUUUGAUCGCGUAUAUCGCAUUCUCAAUCUAUGCGGGCGGCGCGACGCAAGACAAUGAUUUUGUGGAUUUCGAAGAGUCAAACCGUGCAUCCUCCGAGCCAGUAGACGACGCCGAAGCAGACUUCAGCUCUGGAUCACAGAAUGACGAGGAUGAGCCCGACGUGGAUUUUGAGGGCGAUAGCCUUCAAACAGCACAGGACAAGAUUCUCUCGGAGCUAUUUCGACUAAGGGACUCAGAUGGCGAAGAGGUAGCUUACCCGUUCAUCGGUAAACCAGACCGCAAUUUGUAUCGGGACUACUAUGAAGUCAUUCACCAUCCAGUCUCGUUGCGCAGUAUUCAAAAAAAGGUCCGUGGUACUGACGGAAGAAAGAAAGGCACUAAAAUGACUGCCUUUCCUACGUGGCUGUCCUUUGAAGAGGAGGUCAGUUAUCUGUGGCGAAAUGCCCGAGAGUACAACGAGGAUGGCAGCGAGAUUUGUGUUCUUGCAGGUGUGCUUGAAAGUUAUUUCCAACAUCGCGUGGCAGAGGCCAAGAAGCUUGUUCCGGAUCCCAUUCAGGUAGAUGGUCACCCCGAAUUACCUCGUAUCAAGUUGAAAAUGGCCUCGAAUAAUCCGGAGGUGGGGGCACAAAGGUUAACAUUGAAGAUGGCUCGCCAGACUCCCGGAACCCCGAGGGACGAUAAAGCGCCAUCCGGGGUCACUGUCGAUAGCGAUUCCCUCAAACGCCGACAAGAGGUGGUCCGCUCCGGGUCUAUAAGUCAAGAAGUUGAUACACAUCAUAUGUCCCCUCGAACAAGGUCUCUCCGCAGAAACAUCGGAAGCCCUAAAUCCAGUGCGGCUACUACCCCGCCGGCCUCGGAGCAAUCGCACGGCCUGGUCAGUGGGCGAGACACAACUAGUGUUGUUAAAGACGAAACACCAGGAGCGCCAUUUCAACGGACCGAGAUGCGCUCGUCCGCCGGUCUACAUGGGGUUCCUUUAGACUCCACAAACGGACUUUCCCAUCAAGAUGCAGCAUUGAUGCACCCAGCUCCUGAGCUAUCCCCUCUGGACUCUCUUUGGAGACGACCAGGCCAAGAUGCCAACUCAGCACUCAUCCGCAACGUUCAAAUCCUCACCCAUCCCACGCUAUCUUUGAAAGAAGACUUUUGCUUGGACAUUCCUCCAUCAUCUACAUUGUCUCAACAAACCAUUACUAUUCCUCUACCCCCCCUCACACCACUUGUUGACACGCAACGGCAGGUCAAAGUUGUUGCUCUGAUGGGCACUCAACGCCUUCAUGCAACUGGAGAUGCAUCUACGCUGGCGUACGAUAUCCAACUCCAUCCAGGUACUACGAAGGUUGACUUGGAGGCCAUUGCUGGACCAGCUAGGGGAGCUCCUAAAUCCGGCCCCCCGGGCUCCGAGGUGGAUUAUGAGCGGGUCACCAUAUUCUUUAAUCUAUUGCGAUGA